AUGGCAUCAAUUUUGAAGAACAAAGACUUGCUCAAAACACAGGGCUUCAUUAACAAUUCAUGGGUCAAUAGCUCUUCAGGGGAUACCUUUGAAGUUGAAAACCCUGCCUUAGAGCCCAAAAAGGAAGCUCAUUUGGCCACAGUCCAGUCCAUGAGCGCCGAUGAUUUUGAAAAUGCCAUUGCCGCAGCUAGUGAAGCGUUCAAGACUUUUGGUAAAACUAAUGGGAGGUACAGAUCAAAUUUAUUAUACAAGUUUUACGAAUUGAUGCUUGAGAAUCAAGAUGAUUUGGCGAAAUUGGUUGUUUUGGAAAAUGGUAAACCUUAUGCUGAUGCAUUGGGGGAAGUCAGGUAUGCCGCUUCCUUCUUUCAGUGGUAUUCUGAACAAGCACCAACAGUACAAGGUGACAUUUUGCAGUCGGGAAACUCAAACAACAUCAACAUUUUAGCAUUGAAGCAACCAAUUGGAGUUUGUGGUAUCAUGACUCCAUGGAAUUUCCCCUUGGCCAUGAUCACAAGAAAGUUGGGAGCUGCAGUUGCUGCCGGAUGUACCACUGUGAUCAAACCAGCUACUGAGACUCCCUUAUCUGCUUUUGCUUUGGCUCAAUUGAGUGUCGAGGCAGGUUUCCCAAAAGGUGUUGUUAAUGUCUUGGCAUCCCAUGAACCAGCUAAAGUUGGUAAGUUGAUUUGCGAGCAUCCAACUAUUAAGAAAGUGUCCUUUACUGGAUCAACAAGAGUCGGAAAGCUCUUGAUGCAACAAUCAGCUUCGACAUUGAAGAAGGUGUCACUUGAAUUGGGUGGAAAUGCUCCUUUUAUUAUUUUUGAAGAUGCUGAUUUAGAUAAAGCAGUUUCUGGUGCAAUUGCCAGUAAGUUUAGAUCAAGUGGCCAAACUUGUAUUUGUGCAAACAGGAUUUUCGUCCACGAAUCUAUUUAUGACGAGUUUACUACAAAGUUUGUAAACAAGUUGAAGGAGUCUGUUGUGUUGGGUAAUGGUUUGGACAAGAAGACAACCUAUGGACCAUUAAUCCACCAGGGCUCAAUGGAAAAGAUUAGAAGUCAGCUUAAAGAUGCAUUGGACAAGGGUGCAAAAUUGUUGUUAGGUGGGGAGAAGCGUCCAGACUUGGGGGAAAACUUCCAUGAACUUACGGUUUUGGGUGAUGUUACUCCAGAUAUGGAAAUUUUUAAUGAAGAAACUUUUGGUCCUCUUGCGCCAUUUAUCAAGUUUUCAAGCGAGGAAGAAGUUCUCAAGUUGGCAAACGAUACCCCUGUUGGACUCUCGGGCUACUUUUAUUCCAAAGACUUGGAUAGAACGUUUAGAGUAGCUGAAGCAUUGGAGGUUGGUAUGAUUGGAGUCAAUACUGGUGCAAUUUCGGAAGCUGCUUUGCCAUUUGGUGGUAUCAAAGAAUCUGGAUUUGGAAGAGAGGGUUCCAAGUUUGGUGUCCAAGAUUAUUUGAUCAUCAAAGGUGUUGUUUUGGGGAAAUCGGAGUAG